GUAUGAAACCAAAGCCAGGGGUGUGGUUUAGAAAAAGACAAUUAUAACUUUGAAAAGAACCUUGUAGAUGGUCCUGCCAAAGUGCUUGUCUUAUGAAACUGCACAUUUAGAGAAUGUAUGAAAGUAACAACAACAUUCAGGAAACAUUCAGGCAGCUUUGGCCAGGAAAGCUACAACUUUACGUGCUGUAAUCUUCUAAAACCCAUGUAAAACAAGAAUGGAACAGCCCGUUGGCUGUUACAGACCAUUUGUUGAACAGUCAUUAAACGAUUAGUGAGGGCUAGUGUAGGCUAGUUUGUAGUUUGCCUAUUGUGUAUAAACACUGAUGCAGCGAUAGCUCUUCUGAGGAAUGCUGCAGCCGCAUGUAAAAGUUGUCAAACGCGUGACCCACCCUGAUCAGUCAUUAAACGUUGGCGUAUGAAUCUAUUUAUACAGCCUCUCAACCACAAUGCGUGACUGCAUGGCCUUUGACUAUUCAAUGAAAUAUCUUGCCAAAAUACAUUUGAACAUAAUCUAAAAUGUAUUCGUAAGAUUCUAAUUAUAAAAUUGCUAUUUACAAUUACAAUCUGAUUUGUAAAGUGUGAGGGCGAGUUAAGGAGUGUCCGGGGGUCCCUGAAGGGGUCCGGCCGUGCCGUGAAGAAGUCUGACCAACGGGGUUCAUUCCCUAAUAUAGGCCCACUGUGUAGGGCUACUGAUACUGUACCCUCACACACAUCAGUACAGUAGGCUACACGCUUUCUGCUGCAUCGCUUCAAGGGACCAGGAAGCAAUGCAGAGUUGAUGGAGUUGUUGAUAUGAAAUCUCCAGAAGCGAAACUUAGGAGAACUGAGGAGCCACUCCCAGUGUGGGUAUGUGUUUGUGUUGGUGUAUAAAGGAGCUGGGAUCCUCUCUGGGGGAGUCCAGUCACCACAGAAGUUAGAACGUAUCCAGUCACCAUUGACAGGUGAAGUUAGAACAUGACCCGUCAGUCACAAUGGGGGUGAAUGGCUUGUUGAAGAUGCUGGAGGGAAACAGCGAUGUCUAUCAGGUCAUCCAAUUCAGCAACAGCGAGCUGGUGGUGGAUGGCUGUAACCUGGCCUACUACCUGUAUAACAUGGCCGAACUGGACCAGAACCACGGCGGGGAGUACCUGGCCUUCCAGGCGGAGGUCCAGGCUUUUUUCAAGACUCUGGACAACUGUAGAAUCAAAGCAUAUGUUGUGAUUGACGGAGGCUUGGGCACCAGCGACAUCCAACUCAAAACCAGGAUGAGCCGUCAAAGCGCCCUUCUCCAGAAUAUCCCUGCCGCUCUGACUGGCGAGAAAAAGGGCAUCUAUCCCCCCUUUGUAAUGUCAGUUUUUGAGCAGACGCUGAACGACCUGAGGGUGCCGCAGGUCAAGUGCUUCGGAGAGGCAGACGGCCGGCUGGCUGCCCUGGCCAAAGAGUGUUCCUGCCCGGUGCUGUCCGAAGACACUGACUUCUAUAUCUAUGACCUUCCAGAAGGGGUUUUGCCCCUGGUUCCCUUCUGGCAAUCAGUUAAAGACAGUCCGGCCAGCAGUGAAAUCCGCUGCAAGCUAUACACCACGACCAAGUUCUGCACCGCGUUCAAUAUCGACCACCAGUUGCUGCCCAUCUUUGCCUCGCUGGUCAAGCUCAGAGAUGUUAGGUGGGCCCAAUUCCUUCCACGGGGAAGUCCUAAAAUGAAGUUCAGUACCGCUAACCUGGUGGGCAUCCUGAGUUGGCUGAGAGCCAGGACAGACCGGACGACAGAAGACACCUUGAAAGCAGCGACGGCACUCAUACCCGACAUGAUUCAAGACGCUCAGGCGGAGGUGAAGAAUAUGCUGAGGGAGUCCAUGCUGGAGUACGAGCUCCCCAGCUCACCAGCUCCUCUCUUGAUUGGCUUCUUGAGUAAGGGAACCGUUCCGCAGCUGCCUGCUAAGUUGAGCUCCGUCCCCGAGUGGGUCCGUGCGUCCCUGGCCAUGGGAGGCAUGGGAGCUAACAUACUUCAAUAUGACAUACUUCUGCACAGGAGGAAGAUUUUGCGGAUCCAGGUGGAGCGCAAAGAGCUAAACAGCUCCUUCCUCAUCUCACGGCCCAUCCGGCAGGUGUUGUACGGGCUGCUGCUGGGCCAGGAGGGGGGUGAGGUGGAGGAGGUGGACCGGGUCGGUCUGGAUCCCGUUAAUGUCAAGGUGAAACCGGCGGUCGAACAUCAGAAGCUGAUGCUGGACUCUCUGCCCCAGGCAGACCCCGCUGUGAGGCUGCAGGUGUGUCUGGAGACGCUGGGCGUGGAGGAAGAGACGCUGGAGGGAGUUCCGGCUCACCUGCGCCUCCCAGUGGCUGUGACCCGCUACUGGCUGAGGAGGGCCAGCCCUGAGCCGACGCUCCUCAAAGCUCUGCUGAUGGUCAUGGUCCAAGGAGAACUGAACCGACGGAAGGGAGGGACAACAGGCUGGCAGGGGGAUACCAAACACCUCUCCAAGCCUCUGGACGGUGUCGUGGCUCACAGCUUCAACCAAUGGCAGGCCUGCCUGAAGGACGCCUCGGAGCUCAACCUGCUGCUCUGCAAGCCCCUCCCUGAACCCCACUUCGCCUGGUUGUACCAGGGCAGGCUGGUGCACCAGCGGCAGAAGGAGCUCCAGGAGAGGGAGCCAGAGGACAUCGUACAGGACGACCAGUUCAGGAGACUGUACAUGAGGCUCCUGGGAGCAGUGACCCAGCCUGACCCCGGGGCCAACAGGAGAGCUGGGGGGCCUGAGGCCCAGCUGAGGGCCAGCAUGGAGCACCUUCACCUCAACACCCAGGACUCGGGUGGGGAAUGGAAGAAGGCUCAAGGCAGGAGGAAGGAAAGAGGGGACAAGACGGACAGGCUGGCAGGGGGUCACCAGCCACCACCCUCAGCCUCUGGAUGGUGUCGUGGCUCACAGCUUCAACCAAUGGCAGGCCAGCCUGACGGACGCCUCCCAGCUCAACCUACUGCUGCUCACGCCACACCCCAGGCCAAGUGGGUUCGGGGGUUCCCAAGCCCAGCUGAGGGCCAGCAUGGAGCACCUUCACCUCAACACCCAAAAAGAGGAGGAGGAGGAAGAGGAGGAGGAGCUUGGCGGGGCUGCAGGCCUGGAUCAGGUCUCGGAUGGUUCUAGGGUGGAGGUUAAAAGCAGGAGGAGGAAGCAGUAGAGGGGGGGGGUGGGAGUGAGCAGGAAGGGGCGAGGCGGAUGAGGAACAGUGUUGGUGUAACGCGUUACAGUAAUAUAUUACAUUAAGCAGCAAAAGAGAUAUAAAACCUGUUCUUUAUAUCAUUUUUGGUAAUGCAUAUAAGAAACUAGGAAGGAAGAGAAAGGAGAGUUGAGAACAGUUCAAGAUUAGAAUAAGAUGUUGUCAUCACAAUAUUAUGGUAGUGGGCUUUUUGUAAGAGUGAAUCAUCAGUUGUCUUUCGGGCUCGGUUAAAAUAAUCUAUUUUCUGAUUGAAAUCGAUCUUACUUUGAAUUUUCUUAUUGAUUAAUGAAAUUUGAUGAUCGAUCUUUCAAUACAACAUAUACAUGUACUGUAUAUACAUACAUAUAUAUGUGCAUGUAUAUGUGAGUAUGUAUGUAUG